UUUUUGUUUUUUUUUAAAUUUACCCACUGAGGUUCAUGUGUGGUGGAAGUCUUCUGUCCAAGCUCCAAAAUGCCUGUGAGACGCGGUCAUGUUGCGCUCCAGAACACCUACCUGGACACCAUCAUCCGGAAAUUCGACGAACAAAAUCGCAAGUUUCUCAUCGCCAACGCGCAGAUGAAGAACUGCGGCAUCAUCUACUGUAACGAAGGCUUCUGCCAGAUGUUCGGGUUCACCAGGGCCGAGAUCAUGCAGCAGCCCUGCACCUGCCAGUUCCUGGUGGGACCCGGGACCAUGAAGAGCGCCCUGUCCCAGCUGGCCCAGGCCCUGCUGGGGUCCGAGGAGCGCAAGGUGGAGAUCCUCUACUACGCCAAGGAAGGGACCUGCAGACCCUGCCUCGUGGACAUCGUCCCUGUUAAAAAUGAGGAGGGCCUGGUCAUCAUGUUCAUCCUGGACUUCCAGGAACUCAUUGAUCCAUCACUGAAGAAGUCUGGGCUCAGACAGAGGGUCACACAAGGAUGGAUUUACUGUCAGAACCGCAGACUGAAGAUGAGGCUGCCGGUGCUUCGGUCAAUGCGACGACCUUCACUCUCCAAGGACCAGUUCGAGGGGGUGGUAGUGGAUUAUCUGCAGCCCAACAGUGAGGACGUUCCCCUCAAAGAGUUCCGGAUCCCGUCUAAGGAAAGCUGUAUGCAGUCUGAGACCGAGGCCCUGAUCGAGCAGGACCUGGACCCCCCCUCCCCCGCCGCCCAGUCCUCCACCAAGCGGCGGUCCCUGCUGACGGACCGGCUGGACCCGGGCGCGGCCUUCCCCAGGGGGACGUUACCGCGGAGCUGCUCCAGAGACAGCGUCCGCAGCCUCCGACGGGCAUCGUCAUUGGACGACAUCGACGGCAUGAGGGCGGAGUGGAGCGUCCGAUCCGGAGACCCCCGAACCAACAGCAAUCUGAAGCCCAGUACCCUGAACUCCACGUCAGACUCAGACCUGAUGAGACACCGAGCCAUCGGACGCAUCCCUCAGGUCACCCUCACCUUCGGCUCGGACCGGAUGAGACCCCCCUCACCCACCGAGAUCGAGAUCAUCGCACCCAGCAAGAUUAAAGACCGAACCCAGAACGUCACCGAGAAGGUCACUCAGGUCACACAGGUGUUGUCCCUCGGUGCUGAUGUUCUGCCCGAGUACAAACUCCAGGCUCCUCGCAUCCACAAAUGGACCAUCCUCCACUACAGUCCCUUCAAGGCGGUGUGGGACUGGAUCAUCCUGCUGCUCGUCAUCUACACCGCCAUCUUCACGCCGUACUCGGCCGCCUUCCUCCUCAACGAGGUGGAGGAGGAGCGGAGGAGAACCUGCGGUUACACCUGUAACCCCCUGAACGUGGUGGACCUGGUGGUGGACGUCAUGUUCAUCGUGGACAUCCUCAUCAACUUCAGGACCACCUACGUGAACCACAACGACGAGGUGGUCAGUCACCCGGGACGCAUCGCCCAGCACUACUUCAAAGGCUGGUUUCUCAUCGACAUCGUGGCCGCCAUUCCUUUUGACCUGCUCAUAUUCCGGUCAGGAUCGGAGGAGCCUCAGACCACCACUCUGAUCGGACUUCUGAAGACCGCCCGUCUCCUGAGGUUGGUCCGAGUGGCCAGGAAGUUGGACCGUUAUUCCGAAUAUGGCGCCGCCGUCCUCUUCCUCCUCAUGUGCACCUUCGCCCUCAUCGCUCAUUGGCUGGCCUGUAUUUGGUACGCCAUCGGUAACGUGGAGCGCACCGGCUCGGCUCGUAUCGGAGGCAUGAAGAUUGGAUGGCUGGACAACCUGGCGGACCAGAUCGGAAAACACUACAACGACAGCGACCUGACCUCAGGCCCGUCCAUCAAAGACAAGUAUGUGACAGCGCUGUACUUCACCUUCAGCAGCCUGACCAGCGUCGGCUUUGGAAACGUCUCACCCAACACCAACCCAGAGAAGAUCUUCUCCAUCUGCGUCAUGCUCAUCGGAUCUCUGAUGUACGCCAGUAUCUUCGGUAACGUGUCGGCCAUCAUCCAGCGGCUGUACUCGGGGACGGCGCGCUACCACACCCAGAUGCUGAGGGUCAAAGAGUUCAUCCGCUUCCACCAGAUUCCAGGAGGUCUGAGACAGAGGCUGGAGGAGUAUUUCCAACACGCCUGGUCCUACACCAACGGCAUCGACAUGAACGCCGUUCUUAAAGGGUUCCCUGAGUGUCUCCAGGCCGACAUCUGCCUCCACCUGAACCGCAGUCUGCUGCAGAACUGUAAAGCCUUCAGGGGGGCCAACAAAGGCUGCCUACGGGCUCUGGCCAUGAGAUUCAAGACCACCCACGCCCCCCCCGGAGACACUCUGGUCCACAGCGGGGACAUCCUCACCGCCCUCUACUUCAUCUCCAGAGGUUCCAUAGAGAUCCUCAGGGACGACGUGGUGGUGGCCAUACUGGGUAAGAAUGACAUCUUUGGUGAGUCCAUCAGUCUGUACGGGAGGUCUGGGAAGUCCAGCGCAGACGUCCGAGCUCUGACCUACUGUGACCUCCAUAAGAUCCUGAGGGACGACCUGCUGGAGGUGCUCGACAUGUAUCCGGACUUUUCCGACAGUUUCUGGCACAACUUGGAGAUCACCUUCAACCUGAGAGAUGCAGAUCGAAUAAACCAGACAACCCCGGGCAGGGACUCUGACUGCGGAUACCGCCGAUCCAGACACCGCAGAAGUUCUUUACGACGGCGAAACCGCCCCGACGGUAUGGACGGAGAUGACUCGUACCCGGACCAGUCGUGUCCCGUGGCCAACCACCACCGCCACGGCGCCUUACCGGGGUCUCAGUGGGACGACCUGUGCAGCAGCGGCAGCGUCUGCUCACAGUCCAGCGAUGAUGACGUGAAGCCCAUGGGACACAGUAAAGGGGAGCUGUACCCGCCGGGGGGGGACACCAGAGACUACCCACCCACCGUGGUCAACCUGCUGCCCCACAGUGGACCCUCAGCGGGGAUGGGCCCCCCGGUGGACAUGGGAGGACCGUACUCAGCAGCUGCACCCAUCAGUAUGUCCGGUCUCUAUGGUUACUGGUCGGAUCGCAGGUCCAGCCAGUUCUCAGAGAACCAGAGACGCCUUUCUUCAGUCCGGGCCAGUUUUCACCCCCCACCCUGUGCAGAGGACCGACCCAGUGAACUGGAAUCCAGACUGGAGCUGCUGCAGUCCCAGUUGAACCGGUUGGAGACCCGGAUGACGGCCGACAUCACUGUGAUCCUGCAGCUGCUCCAGAGGCAGAUGGCCCCGGUUCCUCCGGCCUACAGCGCCGUGUCGCCCAGUCCUCACACCCCCCACCCCACGGCCCUUUACAGCACAGGAACCUCCACCAUUCACACUGUCCCCCCCAUUCAGACGGUACAGAUCGACAGCUCCGCUUCACUGAUCCAGAGUCCAGACUCUGAUUUCCAGCAUAAAUCCAAGGACUCUCUGUCCAGUGGGAUCCAUCUGACGGUGGCGUCCGACGACACCAUGUCCAUGUCCCCAGAGGCUGACCCCGCCCCCCGUCUGCCCGGCGUGGACCCCGCCCCUCCUCAGCUCCAGGAUCCUCCCGUACUGCUCUGCGGCAGCCAGCGCUUCCCCUCCCUCCCCGAACACCUGGAGACGUCCACGGAGGCGCAGGAGAUCCAGAGGCACGUGUCCGACCCGGUCCUGCCCGGCAGCUAGAACCCCGCCCUGAGACCCGGUCCGUCUCGGUCCGUCCCGCACGUCCUUCAGCCCCCCCUCCGUCCUGGUCAGAUGCUGCUGCAGAGCGUGGGUCACCUGGACGUCUACGUCACCCAGGGUUCACAGUGCCUCCUGUUUGUCAUGUACAGACUCUACAGCGCCCUCUCUGGCGGCUGAAGUCUCCAGCAUCCCCUCGCAUCCCGGACCUUCUGCUACGAAGAGAUUAUUCCUGCUCAGCGGCGUGGAACAAGUGUGUGUUACGAGCUGACAGUCGGCACUAAACAUACAUAUACAUGCUGGAUGUGAACGCCACUGAAACUGUAACCAGACGGAGGAGACGCGGACAGAAACAUGUUCCACGUGUGAAGAAUUAUCGACCAUAUUUAAAGAGGAACUAUGCAAGAUUUGGUUCUUUUUGGCUCUUCUUUGUUGUUUUUGUAGCAUUUUUCUCUAUAGAGCUCCCCCUACAGUUUCCAAGUACAUAUUCACUGCGGUAAAACCCACACCUACCCCCCCCCCCCCCCGACCAUGUACAUUAGUUUUCAAUGAACUGACGAGUGAUGCUGUUGAGAUGUUGAGAUACGAGAAAGUUACUAAUGUUACAUGAGGACCUCCAACACCAAGGCUAGUUGUUUUGCCAGUUGCUAUUCAGACGAAACAAAUUAGACAUGAGUCAUAUAACGAACUACGUACAUCUGACAAAAACUACAUUCAACUGACAAAAUUCUGCAGCUGGUAAUAAAAACACCCUCCUGAGGCAGACAAAGGGUGUUCUAGUAAAAUAAACAAACAUACACCUACGUGACACAAACAACACUGAUUACGAGUGAAUGUGUUUUUGUGGUGAAAGAUUCGGUAUCGAUCCAAUACCAAGUAAAUACAGGGCCAGUAUCGCUGAUGCUGGUACUGACACCGAUACUUUUUAAUAAUUAAGAUGGACGCAUGGUUAGAUUACUAAAUCUCAAUGAAUUUUCAUGACCUUUAAGUGUUUUUAUGAUUUUUCAUUUGGAUUAUUAACUAGUUAAACCCCAAGACA